AUGACAUUCUUUUGGAUUAUAUUAUUACUUAUGAUUGUUCAACCAACUGAUCAAGUAGUGUAUACAUGCAAUUCAAGCGCCACUUGUGGAUGUUCAUCGAAUCCAGUCUCAAUUAGCCGUAUUGUGGGUGGAGAAGACGCUGGCAUAUCAACUUGGAGUUGGGCUGUAUCAAUUCUUAUUUCUGAUGGUCCCAUAUGUGGUGGAUCAAUAAUGUCAAAUUCAUGGGUCAUCACAGCAGCACAUUGUGUAGAUAAUCGGUUUGCUUCGUCAGUUAUUAUUUAUGCAGGAUCGAAUAAUCGAUUGUUCGGUACUCAAAAUCGAACGGUGUCAGAGAUUAUUCUACAUCCCCAUUAUAACAGUAGCAAUUAUGUCAAUGAUAUUGCUCUAUUAAAACUUACUUCUCCCCUUAAUAUGAGUGAUGAUCACGUGAGUAGAAUUUGCAUGCCACUCGUCAGUUCACUGACCUUGGCAUCAGAUGAAUGGCCAGUGGUUAAUACGACUGUUGUUGUAGUCGGAUGGGGUAGACUGUCUGAAGGUGGUUCUUUGUCAACAAAUCUUCAACAGGUUACCUUGCAAACAAUAGCCUAUCUAGCACCAACUUGUGCAUCAUUGAUAGAGGAUAAAAACACACAAUUCUGUGCUGGCGUUCCUGGACAUACCAAAGAUGCAUGUGAUGGUGAUUCUGGCGGUCCAUUGAUGAUGUUUGCAUCAAGUAAUCAAUGGGUAUUAGUUGGUCUAGUAAGUAAUGGUAUUGGAUGUGCACGACCAUUCUAUGCUGGUCUUUAUACUCGUGUAGCUAUUUACAAAGAUUGGAUAAAAUCCUAUACAAAUGAUUCUUAUUGGCUUGCGAUGGAACCGCAUGCAAACACUAUUUCAAUGUCUACUGCUCAUUUAUUUAUUGUUGUUGAACUAAUUUCUUUUUUACUAGUUCGUUCAUGGACGAUGUGA